UAGUUUAAAAUUAAUUGGUGCUAAACGGACCCGAAUCCGUCCUGUCGCGCGUAAUUACAAUAACUUUUGAACGAUCGCUUUCUUUCAUGUCUCUCGUCACAUUACAUUUAAUUAUUGCGACAUGACAAGGGGCAAAAAUGUUUUUUAUCAUUACAAAAAGAAAGGAGGAACGAGAGGUCGGAACUGUGCUCGCGCAUGCGUCGUCGUCGUCGCCGCCGCCAACGCGGCCGCGGUAAAUUCAAAACGGGAAAAGCACUUCUCGCGUCGUCGAGUCGAGUCUGGUCGAGAUCCGUCCGUUUCGGCCACGCUCUUGGCCUUUAAAGUAACGUAAAGCGCGCGCCUCGUGAACAGAAAUCUCGAGGAGAGAAGCAUGAAAGACACACGGAGCGUAUGACGGCGAGUGUGGGGCACUCCGCGCCGAAGCGAACAGAUUCCAAUAGAUUCGCCGCGUCUCACCGACGAACACGAAACACUCGAAACUACGUGUGCUCCACCGCGUGUAUCGUUCGUAGUCGAGCGACACGUUGGAUGCAUCACGUGUGUAUGUGUUCUAUAUCGCGCUGUGCCGUGCUGUGCGAGUGUGCGAUCGAAAACAGGGUGGAAAGCGGAAAUUAAACGGCGCGGAAGACACGCAUUUGACUCACGUAGCCGUCUCGGUCGCGGAAAUCGUGGCGCGACGUAGUUCACGACAACUUUAGGUGUGCAACAUGACGACGCAGGUUGGUGCCGCCGUCGCCGUCCUAUCCGUGAUUCCUAGGUUAUCUUACCAUCUGCGCUCACGACUGCCGAAUCUGUGCAUUUCGGACGUGUCGCCAGGACAAGUAGAUACUUUAGCCAAGAUUAAUACGGCAGAAAUAUUAGUGGCCGACUGCGAUUUAUUACUACCUUACGUAAAUGAAUUGACGUCGGUCAAGUGGAUACAGGCGACAUGGGCUGGAUUGGACAAAUUAAUGCCACAUGUGCGGAACACGCCAAGAGAUUACAUACUGACUCGUUUCUCUGAUGAAUCAUUCGGCCUAGCCAUGUCCGAAUACGUGAUAACACAAAUCGUCAAUUACGAGCGUGAUCAGAGACAACAAUAUGAAAAUCAAAAACUUGCUGUGUGGAAACAAGAAGGAAGAUUAAUGAGCCACAGGCUUAUACGUAAUUUAACUAUAGGUAUCUUAGGAGUAGGGACAAUAGGAAAAUCAGUGGCGGAAAAACUAAAGUUAUUUGGCGCAACUGUCUGGGGAAUGACACGUACUGUUCCAAAAGAUAAAUUACCGUACCUCGAUGAACAUAGAACUGUAAAUGGCUUACCAGACAUCCUGAAAAAUAGUGACUACAUCAUUAAUAUGUUGCCCACAACUCGCGACACGGUGGGACUUUUAAACGGCAAUGUCUUGGAACACUGUAAAGACAAAAAUGCAGUUUUCAUUAAUGUAGGACGCGGCUCCGUGAUUAGAGAGACGGAUCUGAUAAAUGCUCUCGAGCAGAAGUGGAUUUCAGCCGCUAUUUUAGACGUGUUUGAGAAAGAACCGCUGCCAAAGGAGAGCAAGCUAUGGAGUCUUCCACAAGUAACUAUCUCACCACACAAUUCGGCUGUGACGAAUUCGCAGGACGUUGCGAGGCUAUUCGCUGAAAAUUAUACUAGAUAUGUAAGCGGAAAAAAUAUGAUAAAUGUAUUUGAUUUUAAUAUAGGUUAUUAAUUUAAAGAUUUUAAUCAUAAGGCGUGUGUAUGGUGCUACAUUGGAAUAAGUAAAGGCGUACACACAAUAAAUAUUUAUUGUUAAUAAAAAUAUACGUACAGAUCGAAA